AUGGCCUUCAUCAGUGCGCCCGCGACACUUUUCACGAGCACGCGCGGUCGCGCCAUCUCCCCGCGACGCUCCAAUCACCGCGCAACUACACCAGUGAUGGCGCUUAACGUGCUAGUAACCGGCGCGGGCGGGCGCACGGGCCGGCUGGUGUUGGAGUCGCUCGUGGCGGCCGGGGACGCGUACGAGGCGACGGGGCUGGUGCGGUCCAAGACGCGGGCCAAAGAGUUGAUGGAGGAGACGUACAACAAGGUGGAGGCGCUGCUAACCGAGGGUGACAUCACCAAGGAGGAGACGCUGCGGGAGCCGCUGAAGGGCAAGGACGCGCUGGUGAUCCUGACGAGCGCCGUGCCGAAGAUGAACCCGCCCGUGGAGGGACAGGCGCCCAGCUUCUAUUACGAGGAGGGCGGCAUGCCGGAGACCGUGGACUGGCAUGGGGCGAAGCGACAGAUCGACCUGGCGAUCGAGGCUGGUGUGAAGCAUGUGGUGCUCGUCGGGUCAAUGGGGAGCACGGACGACGCCAACCAGCUGAACCGGAUCGGGAAUGGGAACAUCCUGCGGUUCAAGCGCAAAGCGGAGCUGUACCUGAUCGGGUCCGGCGUGGAUUACACGAUCAUUAACCCGGCCGGGCUGUGCAACGAGGAGCCCGGCAAGCGCGAGCUGGUGGUUGGGCACAACGACGAGCUGUUCACGGUGUACGGGCGCGGGACGAUCCCGCGCAAGGACGUGGCGCGCGUGGUGAUGAGCGCGCUGUCGACGGAGAAGGCAAGGAACAAGGCGUUUGACAUUUUGGCGCUGCCGAUCGGCGAUGGCACGCCCACGGCCGAUGUGGUGCCGCUGUUCGACAGCACUGGGCCCGAUUUGUAGAAGGGAAAGUAGUCUGUGAAAGGUGCGGCCACUUGCGUUGAGCGGAGAGAAGAACGGCGUUGACGUGUAUGCCGGGGUUUGAUAAAGGGGCAUUGUGUUCCAAGGUGUAUGCGGAGAGGGGGGGCGGGCAAGAUAGGCAUGAAACGUUUCCCUUACUCGCGGAACCUUCCUCAUCGCUCAGCGUAAGCUGUCCCUCCCGCGUUGGCGCCAGUUGCGAUGGACACAUUGCAUUGCGGUUCUCGUUCGCAUGGGAGAGGUUGGGAGUGUUUUGGUAUGUAUUAGAACGUACACGUUGCCACGCACACCACGUGGCCACCGCGUGCUUCGGGUCCACGUGUCACUGACGGGCCAACUAAACUAACGCGCGUAAA